UUGAGCCCAAUCUGGCUCUGCUUGCCGCGCCGUUGCUCUCGCAUUCGUUGGCUGACCUGUUUCUUCAACCCUCAGUACCAAGUGGCCGCUUACGAUCAGCAAGGCAAGGUCGUCCCUCAAACCCAUUACUGGGUCAACUUUGAUCGCAACGGUCCGGCGUUCGUCCCCUUCUCGAAUGCGCCCAGCCUCAUGUGCACAGUUUUUAUCGACGUUGGGCUGAGCCGGGCUUUCACGGUGCUGUGGCCUCAUCAUCAAGUCCCCAGCGGCUCGUUGCUGAUGCGCUCAGAGCUGACGCCGAUGCCAAACUACGCCCAUGUCGACUACUGGAAGCGUCACUACGAUGUCUCCUCCAGCAGCCAGCACCACGAUUGGUUUGUCCCCUGGAAGGCGGUCCGCGGAGUGGUCAUGAAUGCGCUGCCCAACCGGGGUCGGGGCUCUGUCGCUCUCAACCUCGGCUGUGGCAACUCUCGCUCCUCCCGCGAGAUCAUCGGCGACGAGGCCGCCAGCUUCAUCCUCAACGUCGACGUGGCGAGGAGCUCCAUGGACGGCAUCCUGCGAAUCGCUCUCGAGGACGAAGCCAAGGCAUCGCGGGCAGCUUCUCAGCAAAGUGCCCUGAAGGGCAUCGAGCAGUUCGUGACCCUUGAUGCCGUCCAGAUGCCUUUCCGAUCGGGCGGCAUUGUCGACUGGAUCUUCGACAAAGGCACACUUGACGGCAUCCUCUACAACCCCGAAGGAGUGCAGAUGUUGCGGCAGAUUUGGGCCAGACUUGGCCAAAUUCUCGUCCCGGGCGGGCUCUUGGUGCUGGUUUCCCUCGGCCGUCCCGAAGGAAGGCUCGACUUGAUCGAGAACCAGAUCGGCGGCUGGAUGGUUGACGACUGCUUCGAAGUCACCACGGCCAAGGGUGCAGAAUCCGCCACGUUCCAGUUUGGCUCCGGCAUCGACUCAUGUUUUGUCUACAUUUGCCGCAAGGUCUGAAUAUACAACGCAGGCGACUGCAUUCGCAAA